AUCUCAUUGUACCAAUCAAAAGGUCCAAUUUUUCAACCCAUAUUCCCAAAUUGGAGCACCUAAAAUGGCUGUUCAAUCUCCCUCCACAGCUUCUAAGGGCAUCAACCAGCUAAAUUACCAAAAACCCAAUUCACCCGUCUUCUCAAAAAACUCGUUGGAACCAAAAUUUUUGCAGUGUAAAUGGCUUGGAACUCCAAUCAAAUUCCCUCUUCACUAUAAGAAUUUCAAACCAAAUAAUUGCCCCAUUAGAGCCACUGUCUCCUUCAGUCUUCCUUAUGGAAAGCCGGAGCCUCCAGUACCUAUUGAGAAAAUUCCUAAAUGGUCAUCGAAGGCAAUAAAAUCAUUUUCCUUGGCUGAACUGGAAGCAAGAAAACUUAAAUAUCCUACUACCGGAACAGAAGCUCUUCUCAUGGGAAUUUUGAUUGAAGGAACGAAUUUUGCUUCAAAGUAUUUGAGGGCAAACAGUAUUACUCUAUUUAAAGUACGUGAAGAAACUAUCAAAGUACUUGGAAAAGCAAACUACUACUUUUUCAGUCCCAUGCAACCUCCUUUGACUGAAGAUGCACAAAAGGCUCUUGAUUGGGCACUCGAGGAAAAACUCAAAUCUGGUGACAAUGGGGAGAUUACAACUACUCAUUUGCUCCUUGGAGUGUGGUCACAACAAGGAUCACCAGGUUACAAGGUACUGGCUGCGUUGGGCUUCAACGAUGAAAAAGCUAAAGAAUUGAAGAAUGUAAUUUCUGAACCCGGAUUUGUGGAGGAUUAGGAGGAUGAUUUUGCUUGAAUGUAUUCCUUUAACCUAAACUAAGGUUCCAAAUUUGCAAUCAGAUUAGUCAUUUGUGGCGA